AUGAGUAUCAAGUUAAAUUCAGGACAUGAAAUGCCAAUUGUUGGCUUUGGAUGUUGGAAAGUCACCAAUGAGACUGCAGCUGACCAAAUCUACAACGCAAUCAAAGUAGGUUACAGAUUAUUUGAUGGUGCUCAGGAUUACGGUAAUGAAAAAGAAGUUGGUCAAGGAAUUAAUCGAGCAAUUGAUGAAGGACUUGUGUCUCGUGAUGAAUUGUUUGUUGUUUCUAAAUUAUGGAAUAAUUAUCAUGACCCUAAAAACGUUGAAGCUGCAUUGAACAAGACUUUAUCAGAUUUGAAUUUAGAAUAUCUUGACCUAUUCUUGAUUCAUUUCCCAAUUGCAUUUAAAUUUGUCCCUAUUGAAGAGAAGUAUCCUCCUGGGUUUUACUGUGGUGAUGGUGAUAAAUUCCAUUAUGAAAAUGUUCCAUUAUUAGAUACUUGGAAAGCAUUGGAGGCUUUAGUUCAAAAGGGUAAGAUUAGAUCAAUUGGUAUCUCAAACUUCAACGGUGGAUUGAUCUAUGAUUUAUUACGUGGUGCCAAGAUUCCACCAGCAGUAUUACAAAUUGAGCAUCAUCCUUAUUUACAACAACCUAGAUUAAUCGAAUACGUUCAAUCGCAAAACAUUGCCAUUACUGGGUAUUCUUCAUUUGGUCCUCAAUCAUUUUUGGAAUUACAAAGUAAAAAGGCCUUGGAUACACCAACUUUAUUUGAUCAUCAAACUAUCAAAUCUAUUGCUUCAAAGCAUAAGAAAUCACUGGCUCAAGUGUUGUUGAGGUGGGCUACUCAAAGAGGUAUCGCUGUUAUCCCCAAAUCAAACAAUCCUGAUCGUUUGGCUCAGAAUUUGAAUGUCAAUGAUUUCGAUUUGAGUAAAGAGGAUUUAGAAGAGAUCAGUAAGUUAGAUAAAGGCUUAAGAUUUAAUGAUCCUUGGGAUUGGGAUCAUAUUCCAAUUUUUAUUUAA